UACAUGAAACACAUGGAGAAGAGGAACAAUGUGACAGAGUUUGUUCUACUGGGGCUCACAGAGAACCCAAAGAUGCAGAAAAUCAUAUUUGCUGUGUUUCUUGUUGUCUACAUCACCACUGUGGUGGGAAAUGUGCUCAUCAUGGGCACCAUCACGGCCAGCUCAUCACUGGGGUCCCCCAUGUACUUUUUCCUGGCCUAUCUCUCCUUUAUUGAUGCCUGCUACUCCUCUGUGUGUACCCCAAAACUGAUAGUAGAUUCACUCCAUGAAAAGAAGACCAUUCUAUUUAAUGGGUGUAUGGCCCAAAUCUUUGGGGAACAUUUCUUCGGAGGUGCUGAGGUCAUCCUGCUUACUGUGAUGGCCUAUGACCGCUAUGUGGCCAUCUGCAAGCCCUUGCACUACACAACCAUCAUGAACUGGCAGGUGUGUUGGUUGCUAGUGGGACUGGCAUGGGUGGGAGGCUUAAUCCACGCAACCAUACAGAUCCUCUUCAUCUUUCAUUUACCCUUCUGUGGCCCCAAUGUCAUAGAUCACUUUAUGUGUGACCUGACCCCAUUGCUCAAUCUCGCCUGCAUUGAUACCCACACUCUAGGACUCUUCGUUGCUGUCAACAGUGGUGUCAUCUGUCUGUUAAACUUCCUUCUCCUGCUGGUCUCCUACUUGGUCAUUUUAUAUUCCCUAAGGACCUACAGCUUGGAGGCGAGACAAAAAGCCCUCUCCACCUGUGUCUCCCACAUCACAGUGGUGGUCUUAUACUUUGUGCCCUGCAUAUUUGUGUACAUGAGACCAGCAGCUACUUUACCUAUCGAUAAAGCAGUUGCUGUAUUCUACACUAUGAUAACAUCCAUGUUAAAUCCCUUAAUCUAUACCUUGAGAAAUGCCCAGAUGGAAAAUGCCAUAAAGAAACUGUGUAGUAGAAAAGCAAUUUCAGGUGACAAAUAA